CGCCCCUGCCGCCAUGGCUGCCGAGAGGCUCGCGAGCCGGCCCGCCUGUCUUCUCGUGGCCAGCGGAGCCGCGGAAGGUGUGUCCGCCCAGUCCUUCCUCCACUGCUUCUCGCUGGCCAGCGCCGCCUUCAACCUGCAGGUGGCCACGCCCGGGGGGAAGGCCGUGGACUUCGUGGACGUGACCGAGAGCAACGCGCGCUGGGUGCAGGACUUCCGCCUCAAGGCCUACGCCAGCCCUGCCAAGCUCGAGUCCAUCGACGGCGCCAGGUACCAUGCUCUGCUGAUCCCCAGCUGUCCCGGGGCCCUGGCCGACCUGGCCAGCAGCGGGUCCCUGGCCCGCAUCCUACAGCAUUUCCACUCUGAGAGCAAGCCCAUCUGUGCCGUGGGCCACGGUGUCGCCGCCCUGUGCUGUGCCACCAACGAGGAUAGAUCCUGGGUGUUCCGGGGCUACAGCCUGACAGGGCCCUCCGUGUGCGAGCUGGUCCGGGAGCCCGGUUUCGCCCGCCUGCCGCUCAUCGUCGAGGACUUCGUAAAGGACUCGGGCGCCAGCUUCAGCGCCAGCGAGCCGGGCGCCGUGCACGUCGUGCUGGACCGCCACCUGGUCACCGGCCAGAACGCCAGCUCCACCGUCCCCGCCGUGCAGAACCUGCUCUUCCUCUGCAGCCGGAAGUGAGCCAGAGGCAGCCGGGAGGCCACCUCGUCCUGGAGCCCCCACUGGGUGCUGGGCGCAGGCUCCUCCCACCGUGGCCACUGGGGGAGCCUGGGGGAGGGGACGCUCGGAUGGAGGUGAGCAGGGCUGUUCUGGAGCUGCAGCCCAGCCCCUGGCUGGUGCUCCCACUGAACCCUGGCCUGGCCUGUGGCUUCAGAUGUCAGAGGCCUGGGGCCCGGAGCUGGUGCCGUGGGGUUCCCAGCCCCCCUCCUCCCUCCUGCGGGGGUGUGGCCUGGCUGCAGCCUCGCUGCCUCCGCCCCAGGCAGCAUCCAGCUGUCCGGUGUGGGGGACCCAGCCCCACCCGGUGACCACGGCCUCCCUGGCCCCUCCUCGGGUGCUGGUGGGGGCGCAGGACGUGGGGGAGACGCGGAGAAGCAAACCGAGAGCAGCGUCCCUCCACCCUGAUGCCCGGAGUCCGGGCUGGCUGGACAGUGCCCAGCCGGGGGCCUCCUGGUCCCUGUGCCCCCGUGAGCUCGGGGACUUGGGGCACACGUGGUGUAGUGGUGGGCACCUGGGGGAGAAGCCCCCCAGGCACAGGAGCCCAACAGGGCCUGGGUGAGCGAGGGUCCCCCAGGGGUGGCCCAGAAGAGGAAGCGCAGGAAGUGUCCCUCAGGAGGGCCUGUGUGGGGGGCAGGGUCAGGGCAGGACUGCACUGCCCCCCGGGGAGGGGAAGCCCCAGGGUCAGGGCUCCCCAGGGAGUUGAGUGCAGGGAAGGGCUGCCCACAGGGCCUGGCCUCCGUCCUGGGAGACUUGCAGGACAGCCCACUGGUCAGCUCCCAGGGAGGGGGCUUGGCUGCUGAGGGAGGGACCAG